AUGUCCAACCGACCGACGACGUCGAAUACGCCUCAGCGCCAAUCGCGACGACACAACAACUUCAAGGAAAACAUCAACUUCUUCGAGCCUGGCAAGCAAGGCCGUCGCACUGGUCUGGUCUUGAAGGAUAGCGGAGUUCGCGAUGAACACGGUUUCGAGCCAGUCAGCGGCAUCUUCUCGUCACCCGUAGCUUCACCACAGCGCUCACCACAGCGCAUCCCAGCAAAUGGUAACGACACGGCCCUGGGAUCGUCUGAGAUGGUUCUGCAAGACAGCUCAAUACCAGAAGUCGCAGAGACGCUCAACCUGCGCAAGACGCCUCACCUACCGCCAAAGACACAGACUCCUCGGCAUACGAACAUUGGAGGCUCACCCGUCCGUCAUUCUGCCAUCAAGCCUGUAGACACGCAAUCAUCACCACAACACGCUUCAUCUGCUCCGUCAACGAGUCGCACGAGCAGGCGCCUCGACUUUGCCAACAAGCAGCAGAACAACAAAGCACAACCGGCUGUCGUGCCCAGUCCAAGUCCUUUCAAGCCGCGGUUCGGAAAGUCGCGCAAGAGUGUCUUUGAUUUGCAAAACUCUCCGACCACAUUACAACACCACCAGGAAGACGACGACGACAUUGACACUUCGGUUCAGCAAGUCCAGGAUGCUGUCAAUGAUUUGUUCGACGACGACGUGCCACAGCAUGUGCUCUCCUCAGCACGAAGCACCAGAUCGCAAAAGCGCAAACUCGCAAAUCCCUCGUCGCCCAUCGUAACGCAACCGCCCUCCGUCCCAAAGUCCAACAAACGCCCAAGGCCGAGUCUUGAGCACCAGGAAGAUCAGACGGUCAUGGACCAUACCCUUGCAGACCAAACAAUGGCGGAUCAAACAACAGUGGACCAGACUGUGGCAGAUUACACCAUCGUGGAUCAGACCACCAUGGACCGGACAGAAUUACUCGAUCAAACCGACGCCGAGUACACAUACAUCACUGUGGAUCAAACAGAAAUGCCGGAUCAGACAGAGUUGCCCGACCAGACAGAACUUCCAGACCAGACUGAGAUGCAUGACCAAACCGAGGCGGCGGAUCAGACUGAGAUGAUGGACCAGAUAGAGGCACCAGAAGAGACGGGAGUCGAGUACACGUGGGUUGAUCAGACAGUCCUCGACCACACGACAGUCGACCAGACCAUGGCAGAAGAGACGGGCAUCGAGCAGACAACGGCAGAUGAGACAACCGUGGAUCAGACGGAGCGAACACACAUGUACGACCACACGAUUGGAAAUGCCACCAUAGCUGAGGACGACAUUGCCGAGACGACUGAACUUCAUGACGAGCCCAUCAUGGAGGCUUCAGCUCCACUUUCGACCAAGAAAAAGCGACCGUUCGAAGUACGAAAAGUCGCCGGUGAGCAUCCUCACGAGGAGCAUGCAAACCAUCACGAUCAAGAUCUCGACGUUUCCUCCCCCUCGAAUGCUGCCCAAGACUUUAUGCCGCCUCCGGAAGACGACGUACAGGAUGAGUCCGACCAGGAGGCGCAAACACAACCAGAACCGACCAAGAAGCGAGGUCGCGCAAAGGCGCCUGCGAAAGCAAAGGGCAAGAAGAAACAACCAUCUGCGGGUGUUGAACCACGCCCUAGAGCAUCGAGAGAUAGCGAAUCUGUGGGCCCAGAUGGACUUAGGAAGCCAGGUCCCAAGUCGAUCGUGAACUUGCGCGCCGGUACUCCUGCAGAAGAUGAGGGUGCCAAAACUACAAGAUCUGGCCGUACUUCGAUCAAGCCGCUGAAAUACUGGUGCAAUGAGACCUACAUCUGGAAUCAGGGUGAGGUGGAGGGUGUCGUUCGUGCAGAGCCUGUCGAGCAAACAAAACCGAAACGCGCUGCUCCUUCAAGAAAGAAGGCGACAAGACUCGGCCCAAUCAAGGAGGAUGAGGAAGAGGAUGAGGAUCUCUUGCCGGAAGCCUGGGAGCAGGAAUUGGGUGUUAUCAACAGCACAGUUCGAGCUUGGGAUACCAAAGUCGGCACAGGCAGCACAGAAGCAGAUGGCGUGAAUGAAGAUAUUGCAUUCGCCGCCACAGCCAUCAAAACACAAGAUGUACACGGCUCGUCGUUCCGCUAUGCGAAGGUUAUGACCCUUCCCUUUUUCGGAUCUGGCAUGGUCGAAAUUCCACCAGAUGGCUAUAAACGCAUGAAGAACUCUCGAAAGAUGCAAAUGGUCUUCUUUGUGCAUGAGGGCAAAGUAACAGUCGAUAUUGAAGACGUCCAAUUUGGUAUGACCAAAGGCGGUGUCUGGCAAGUGCCAAGGGGAAACAACUAUGCCAUUAUGAAUGAGAGUUCUACCCACUCGGCCAAGAUCUUUUUUGCGCAGGGUUGCGAGAUACAAGCUGCGGCGACGCAGUUUGAGGAUAUGGGGAGGGAGUCGCAAUCUUGA